AGCGCUUGGGCAGGCAUGGGCAGCGGUUCGGCGUGGGUAGACCCGGCCCCCUCGCCACGCCUCCCGCCACCCCGGAGAAGCCGCGGCACCACCGGGCUACGGCUCUGCGUGCAGCACCCAGCCCGGACCGCGGACGGAGGCCGCAGACACCCACGGGCCAUGGCAGGAAAAGCCCACAGGCUGAGCACAGAGGAGAGGGAGCAGCUGCUGCCAAACCUGAGAGCUGUGGGGUGGAACGAGGUGGAAGGCAGAGACGCCAUCUUCAAAGAGUUUCACUUCAAGGACUUCAACCGGGCCUUUGGCUUCAUGACCAGAGUGGCUCUACAGGCAGAAAAACUCGAUCACCACCCUGAAUGGUUCAACGUGUACAAUAAGGAAGGAUAAACUGGAAGUGACAUCAUUCAAGGCUUCAUCAAUCUUCUUUUGAAUCUACAAAGAAAGGAAAAUACUAUCAACAAAGGCACUGGACAUAUUAUAAAUAAUUGUUGAAUGCAUGCAAGAUUGAACUCCCUAGCUACAUCCAUACUAUCGAGAGGAACAGACAGGAACUUUUUCAUCUCUAUGAGCAAAAAGCAUAGCAGACUUCACAGCUACACAGUUCAACUUCCCCUUCCUACCAACCUCUCCCUCCAAAAACAAGCUGACUAGAAUAGCAAACUGGCAUACACUAGUCUCUAAACCACCCUGGGAAUUCCCUGUGGGAAUGGUAGCUGGUUUCAGCUGGGAUAGAGUUAAUCUUCUUCCUAGUAGCUGGUGCAGUGCUGUGUUUUGGCUUUAACAUGAGAACAAUUCUGAUAACACACUGAUUUUUAGUUGUUGCUAAGUAAUGCUUACUCUGAUCAAGGACUGUUGAGUCUCUCAUGCUCUGCCAGUGAGAAGAGGUGCAAAAAGCUGGGAGGGAGCAGAGACAGGACACCACACAUAUUUAGAAACUUGUGAAAAUAAAAGCAAUAAAGAAAUCUCCACUACACAGGAGAUUUCUUUCUUCCCACCCCCACCUUACAUUCAGGAGGCCCAGACUUCUUCUCAUAACACAUUCCAAAGUUGAGAUUCUUCUUCCAGGCAACACAGGGAUUGAGAUAUUAUCAGCUUUAAAGACUUUUGGACAUUGGAAUGCCUCAAAGCCAAGGCCUUCUGUAAGCAACUGAGAGGUUAUCAGGUAUCAGCCUACCAAAGAGCAGGAAGAGUACAGAGAUAGGGCACACCAGGAGUCGUCUGGCACAGGACAGCUUAACAGCUCUAGGGGUUGGAAGGUAAGUCUGAACAAAAUAGGGAUUGCUUACAAGGGGCCCAGAACUUUUCUAACAGGCAGACAAAAAUACAAGCAGAAGAGAACAAUUCAUUAAUUCAUCUGAUCAAAGGCUGCUCAAGUCAGAAGGUGAAAGAUGGAGCACUUGAUAAGACAUAAAGAGGGGAUGCAAGUCCCUUUCAGAGGGCUGGAGAAAAAACUUGACAACCACUUCUGUGUCCAGAGCCAAAGGAAAAUGUUCCUCUUUGCUACCCUCAUUUGACAAAAUUGCCUCUAACAGAUCUGACCCCCUGAUUCAAUGCGUAAAUAUGGCAACACAUCAAGCAGAAAGAAGCACAAUCAAGUAUGAUACCAGCAUUUACUAGGUAAACCAAGCUGUGUAUUUCUCAAUCAUUAAAUCAUUAACAUGCUAAAACAUG